CUGAGCAGAGCCAUUCACAGCUCACUGUAACACACUGCUUCCUGGAGGCUCCCUCGCAAUGGAGCUGGGAGUCACUGGGUCUCUGCUUCUGGCUGUGUUUAUCAGCCUCCUGCUCUAUAUUACCUCAUGGAGGAGAAAAAUAAAGAGGAAAAACAUGCCCCCUGGACCAGCGCCAUUGCCCCUGCUGGGUAACAUAAUGCAGAUAAGUGCAAGAGAAAUGCCACAAUCUUUGCGAAAGGUUAGUAAUUCUUUAUUUAGUUGACAGUCAGAAAGGUGUUACACAAUUUGAUAAUUUUUUGGUAUUAUUAUAAUAAACACUGGCUGCUUCUAAACUUAAAACACGUCACACCUGGGUUCCUGAAGGUGACACAGCUACAAAAUGCAAACAGAUAAUUAGUAUACUACUAGGUGACUUUCCCCAGUGUAUUAUGGGAGGCAGCUCCAAGGGUAGUUUUAUGUAUGAGAUAAAGGGAUCGGAGCUGAAGGGGGUGAUUUUAACUUGGGAGCUAGCUUGGCCGGCACAUAAACAGGCCGCAGAAACAUGGCAUGUAAAUAAGAAGGUAACAUAAUAAAAGUAUCAAAUAAUAGAGAAAAAUAACUGCAUAAUGGUUCUUUCUCAUAUCAUUGAUUACACUCAGGUUACCGCUACAUUUGUUACACCACUAGCUGCAGGAGUAAAUGGAAUAAUGUUAGCUGCAUCCCAAACACUGGGAAUGGGUUUAGGUUGUUAAUUGAGGCCUAAAGGGAACAACACUGUGUCCAUCUCUGAGGCAUUGGUUACUUUAUGCUCAGAGUUGUUAUGCUGGAUAAUGAGAGAGGGUGGGUAACCCCAUCUAUAUUUCAUGCCAUGGGUGGACAAUGCAACCAUCAAAGGUCAAAAUGAUUUCCUCCUCUGUUGGGUGGAGCAUGAGAGAUCAGCAAAAAGGUGAGUUCCAUCUACUCAAAGCGAUGUAGGGUCUUUCCCCUAGUUGCCUGUGAGAAGGUGUCAUGGCACUCAGGUGUCCCCACAUAUUUACCUAAGACUCGGCGGAUCACUGCCCGAUCCACCGGAAGAUACUUUCCUAGUGAGCACGGCAUUCCUAUGGAUGCCGGUCGCUGCAAUAUCGCAGUCUUUUCAGGCCCGCUUCCGGCAGGGUCAGGAAUCACAGCAUACUCGGUGCGCAUGCACCUUUGGCAUUUCGUCUGAGGUGUCGGAGAACUCAUCCAGUUCUAUUGCUAUGUUUGGCCUGUUCAAGCCAUGCGGCCUCAGAAACAGGUCCCUGAUGUCUGCAGAAAAAAUGGGCUGAUCUGUUUAUAUUCAUGCCCCAUCACCAGUGGAGCAUUGUAAGGUGGUCCAACUGCUAAGUGUGUCCUUUGUGUGGAUCCAAUGCUGCUAAUUUAACUCUUUGCCAAUAGAGCACAUUGAACAUGCGACUGCUGUGGUCUGGCACUAGUCCCCCCACUGUCCCCCCAAAGCUCUAUUUUUAAUAUUCAAAUCCCUCAGUUAUUCUCUCCUAGUUUACCAUGGGCUCAUUAUGUAUGAUGUAAAGAGUGCCGCACAGAGCCCUGCAGCAAUAAAACUCAUAGUCAUGUGCAAGGUGUGUUAGUGUAUCACAGAGUUCCCCCACAAUUAAACUUACAGUAAUUUACAGUGUGUAUAAGUGUAUCACAGAGCUCCACAUCAAUAAAACUCACAGUACUGUGCGGUGCGCAUUAAUAUAUUUCAGAGCUCUGGAAAAAAAAAACUCACAAUAACGCACAAAAUACACAAUUGUAUCACAGAGCUCCACCACAAUAAAACUCACACCAGAGCUACAAAGUAAUAAAACUCACAAUAUAACACACACACACAAAAAAGGUAAAAGCUACAAAAGGAAUGCCCAAAAAGUGAACAAUAUAUAAGGUGAAAAAUAAUAAUAAAUACAACCUUAUAAUGAAGAUACAAUAAAUAUAAGGGUUAAAUCUGUAAAAGAAAACUAUAUGUAGUGUAAUCAAAAUAUUCUAAUUUAGGCUUGUAUGGGACUUACAAGAACAUAGGUACUAGAAGGCAUAUCGCCACAGCCAGUGGUAUCAAAGCAUUUCAAAGCAUUUGAAAGUUCAGACUGUUUUAUGGUAAUUGUCUAUGAUCUAUUUCAGCAGGCUCCACUCAGUCCCCUGAAAGUCCAGCCUGGCUUGGGUAUUUCUGCCAAUUGUAGUGGGGGGGAUGGGGGGGGUUAGCUUCACACAGCCCUCCAGCCCACCUCAAUAGUGAUUAGAGAGGAAUUUUAAAGUGUGGUGAAGAUCUUGAACCUUUGCAAAAGCCUUUCUCAAGUCAUCUAGGAAAAGCAAAAAGUCAUAAAUAGGAAAUGAACAGGUGAAUGGGAGGGGAGGGGAGUAUCUCCUGAGAAAAGUUACUAAGCAACAAAUGUAACUGCUUAGUCAAUAUAAACAUUCACUUUCGUAACCGCUUAAGCUCGGAGGUAAUUGUACAAGUUCUAAUCGAAACAAAACCUGGAAUUUGUGCUAUAUGUCUGUUCAACCAUAAUUUACCUAUUUCAUAUUAAGUGCACCCACACUUAUUGCACAUCAAAAAUUCAUAUACAAAACAUAAUUUAAUAUGAAUAAAAUCUAAAAAGGUAUGAGAAAUUAAGAAAUGAAGAAGAUUUUUCAAGGUCUGCAUGGCAUGGAAGUGUAUCCAAGUAGGAGGUAUUGGUCCUCUGAGCAGGUGUGCAGUAUUAGCUGGUAAUGUCCAGUGGGUCCAUCAAAGUCAAGGGCAGUGGAGCUGGACUUCAGGUCUUCCAAUAUUUUAAUUAUUUUUCAUUUUUUGAUAUUAUUAUAUAUUGAUAUCAUUUUUAUAUACAAUACAAGCUUUGAUAAUUUAAUAUAUUGAAAGUCAUUUGAAAAUAUUUUCAAUAAAUAUUUAAUAAUUUAGAAAUAUUAUUUAUCAAUAUCACAUUUUGACCAUAGUUGUAUAGCAAACAUCAUUAAACCUAGAUAACAUUGAGUUAUUAUGUUGUGAUAUGGUGAGCUGGUAUACCUUACUCUCAGUGUUCUGAGUCAGCCACUCCUGUGAGUUAUUAUAUUGUCAUAUGGUGAGAUGGCAUACCUUACUCUCAGUGUUCUGAGUCAGCCACUCCUGUGAGUUAUUAUAUUGUCAUAUGGUGAGAUGGCAUACCCUACUCUCAGUGUUCUGAGUCAGCCACUCCUGUGAGUUAUUAUAUUGUCAUAUGGUGAGAUGGCAUACCUUACUCUCAGUGUUCUGAGUCAGCCACUCCUGUGAGUUAUUAUAUUGUGAUAUGGUGAGCUGGUAUACCUUACUCUCAGUGUUCUGAGUCAGCCACUCCUUUGAGUUAUUAUAUUGUCAUAUGGUGAGAUGGCAUACCCUACUCUCAGUGUUCUGAGUCAGCCACUCCUGUGAGUUAUUAUAUUGUCAUAUGGUGAGAUGGCAUACCCUACUCUCAGUGUUCUGAGUCAGCCACUCCUUUGAGUUAUUAUAUUGUCAUAUGGUGAGAUGGCAUACCCUACUCUCAGUGUUCUGAGUCAGCCACUCCUUUGAGUUAUUAUAUUGUCAUAUGGUGAGAUCGCAUACCCUACUCUCAGUGUUCUGAGUCAGCCACUCCUUUGAGUUAUUAUAUUGUCAUAUGGUGAGAUCGCAUACCCUACUCUCAGUGUUCUAAGUCAGCCACUCUUGUGCUAUGUAGUUGGAUACAGUCUGAUAUUGUUGUAUAGUUCCCUGCGUCAAUCUGUUCUACAACCCAUGUCACUGGUUGUCUUUCCCUAUAUAUCAAAGCACUCCCACAUCUAGCAGCUGUCUAUCCUGUUUGUGAAAUAGAGUACUUUAAGGGACACUCAUAACCACUACAGCUCAUUAUAUUAUUAGUUUAUUGUAAUACAGCGUAUUAUAUUAUUGGGAUUCAUUGUAUCAUUACAUCUUAUUGUAUUAUCACAGCUCAUUAUAUUAUUACAGUUUAUUGUAUUAUUGGGACUUAUUGUAUUGUAACAGUUUAUUGUAUUAUUACAUCUUAUUGGAUUAUUACAGCUCAGGGUGUUAUUACAGCUCAUCAUAUAUUUGCAGCUAAUUGUAUUAUUACAGAUCAGUUUAUUAUAACAGCUCUGUCAGGAUCAAAUCCUGACAACUAUGAUUUAUCUUCAUUUAUUUAUUUUCCUUUAAAAGAAGUUACAGCUCUCCACCACUAGUGGCCUCCCUAGCCACUAGUCCCCUCAGUCCUCACCUGCCUAGGACUAAUUACUUCAGCUACAAAUGGCUACACCCAACUAACCUCAUGGCCUUUACAUUGAAGUUGAUGUUCUUACUGAAACACUUCAUAUCUUGGCUCCUGUGAACCUGCUUCAGAUUUACCUUCAAUCCUGCUCCAUACCAACCUGCUUCAGACUUACCUUCAAACCUGCUCCAUACCAACCUGCUUCAGACUUACCUUCAAACCUGCUCCAUACCAACCUGCUUCAGACUUACCUUCAAACCUGCUCCAUACCAACCUGCUUCAGACUUACCUUCAAACCUGCUCCAUACCAACCUGCUUCAGACUUACCUUCAAACCUGCUCCAUACCAACCUGCUUCAGACUUACCUUCAAACCUGCUCCAUACCAACCUGCUUCAGACUUACCUUCAAACCUGCUCCAUACCAACCUGCUUCAGACUUACCUUCAAACCUGCUCCAUACCAACCUGCUUCAGACUUACCUUCAAACCUGCUCCAUACCAACCUGCUUCAGACUUACCUUCAAACCUGCUCCAUACCAACCUGCUUCAGACUUACCUUCAAACCUGCUCCAUACCAACCUGCUUCAGACUUACCUUCAAACCUGCUCCAUACCAACCUGCUUCAGACUUACCUUCAAACCUGCUCCAUACCAACCUGCUUCAGACUUACCUUCAAACCUGCUCCAUACCAACCUGCUUCAGACUUACCUUCAAACCUGCUCCAUACCAACCUGCUUCAGACUUACCUUCAAACCUGCUCCAUACCAACCUGCUUCAGACUUACCUUCAAACCUGCUCCAUACCAACAUGCUUCAGACUUACCUUCAAACCUGCUCCAUACCAACAUGCUCCAGACUUACCUUCAAACCUGCUCCUAACAAUAACCUGCUCCACCCUUACCUAUACUUCCAACCAUCCUGCCUCUGUAAUCAGCCUUCCACUGUUAUCAGCCUGCCUUUAAUACCAACCUGCCUUUGUUACAACCCUACCUGGAAAUUAGACAUUCUUUAUUAUUUGCAAGUAACCUGUUCUGUGGCAUAUUGCCUAAAUACUGUUUUCACUCAAAUUUCAUAAUAUGUCUAAAAUCACUAAUACAGUACCUGAAGUCAACCCUGGCAUAAGCCUCCUAUCUGACCUGCACAUCAUGACAAGCUCGUUGAAUUAUUGCAGCUCAAUGUAUUAUUACAGCUCAUUGUAAUAUAACUGUUCAUUGAAUAUGUGCAACUAAUUCUAUUAUCACAGUUGAUUGUAUUAUUACAGCUCAGUAUUUUAUUACAGCUUAUUGUGUUAUUACAGCUCAUUGUAUUAUUACAGCGUAUUGUGUUAUUACAUCUCAUUGUAUUAUUACAGCUUGUUGUGUAAGUAAAGUGUAUUGCAUUAUUGUGGAGCAUUGUAUUGUUAUACCUCACUGUAAUAUAGUUUAUUAUUAUUAUUGUGAUAUUUAUAUAGCACCAUCAAAUUCCACAGCGCUUUACAAUGGGUGGACGAACAAACAUGUAGUUGUAACCAGACAAGUUGGACACACAGGAACAGAGGGGUUGAGGGCCCUGCUCAAUGAGCUUACAUGCUAGACGGAGUGGGGUAAAAUUACACAGAAAGGUAAGGAUAGUAUUAGACUAAUGAUAGUUGCAGAAGAGGAAUCAGUCAGGAGCUAUUAACAGUUUAAUUGAUAAGCUUUUAUGAAGAAGUGGGUUUUUAAUGAUUUUUUUGAAGGAGUGGAGACUGGGUUAGCAUCUAACAGAGGAGGGAAGUGAGUUCCACAGGAACGGUGCAGCCCUCGAGAAAUCUUGAAGGCGAGCAUCAGAGGUGGGAGUACGGACAGAAGAUAGACGUAAGUCUUCAGCAGAUCGUAAGGGCCUAGAUGGGAUGUACUUGUGUAUCAGGGAGGAAAGAUAGGUGGGAGCAGCAUUAUGUAGCAAUUUGAAAGCAAGAACCAGAAUUUUAAAUUGAGUUCUAUAUUUUAUAAGAAGCCAGUGUAGGGACUGACAGAAGGGUGAGGCAUGGGAGGUGCGGGCGGACAGCAAGAUGAGCCUCACCACCGCAUUCAUUAUGGACUGUAACGGCGCAAGUUGGGAGCACGUAAAACCACUGAGAAGCGGAUUACAGUAGUCAAAGCAAGAAAGGAUAGUGGAAUGGACCAACACCUUAGUAGCAUCUGGCGUUAAGUAGGGGCGGAUGCGCGCAUUGUUUUUGAGAUGGAAAUGACAGGAUUCGGUGAUAGAUUGAAUAUGAGACUUGAAGGAGAGGUUGGAGUCAAAGAGAACACCUAGGCAGCGAGCCUGCGUGGUGGAGCUGAUGGUAGCACCAUAGACUUGGAGGGAGACAGACACAGGAGUACCAACACUUGAGGGAAGAAAGACCAGAAUUUCAGUUUUGGUCAAGCUUAGUUUAAGGAAGUGGGCAGCCAUCCAGUUAGAAAUAGCAGAGAGGCAGUCAGAGACACUAGUCAAGUGGGACGGGGAGAGAUCAGGAGAUACUCAUACUCCUCAUAUUAGUAUGGCAUAUGGUAUUUUUGCACCUAUAGCUCACAGACUUUAUUAAAAACCUUUCAAUGUGCUUGUUUUUUCUGCAGCUGAGUGAGAAGUAUGGCUCGGUCUUCACAAUCUAUCUGGCCAAUCAGCCAGCUGUUAUCCUGGCAGGUUACGACUGUGUAAGGGAAGCACUGGUGGAUCAAGGGAAGAUAUUUGGGGCACGAGGCUCCAAUACGCUUGGUGAUAUGGUGUUCAAAGGCUAUGGUGAGUUCUUCUAUCAAUAAUACUGUGUUUCUCAGAACCCUGUAUGGUUACUUGAAUGCUGGCUGACUACAGCCAUCAGUCAAUCUGAACAACUUAAAAACCAGUGAGAAAAGUCAAUAUGUAAUGAAAGUCAAUGACAUCUGACUUUACACAAUAAUAGCUAUAACAUGAUAGAAAAAAAGCAACAACAAGAAUUAGAAUACUUUUAUUAUGCAAAAACAAACGUAAUUUAAAAUAUGUUCUGAUAAUGUAUUAUCUCAAGCUCUCGAAUUAAAAAUACCUAGUGGAUCAGAUCAGAAUCAUGAUGUCAUGAGCUUAUCUGCAAAAAAUGGAAUUAUGGAGAAGUGACAAUGAGUGGGGAAAAGCUAAACUUUCAAAUUAAAAUACAAAACUGAUUUGCUGAAUUUUUCCACUUUGACGGUUUUGACCAAAACUUGCCAUUCCGUUGCUGCUUUUUCCAAAUUCUGGAUCAAACUGCUGUAUCAUUGUCUGCCCAUUCCUUGUGUGUUUUAGAAAUAAUAUUACAAUUAUACACAUUUAACCCAUUUACUGCCAGCGUUUGGUAUCACAUUGCCAAACAAAGUAAAUUAAAUAACAGGCUGCCCUAUCCUUUUCCUUCUCACAGUUUUUGUCCCCAUCUAUCAAUGAAUAAUGCAAUCUUUUUUAAAUGUUCUCAAUAUUUUAGGUGUCCCUAAAUAACGCGUAUAAAUGUGAUUGCUAGUUUAUCCUAUUACACAGGUUUAAGUAUAUCUCACGUACACAAAUAUUGGUUUUUUUUUUUGCUUUAAACAAUAUCACCCAUAUCAGAUAGAUUUACAGUAAUUACUAGACUUGUGCACAGCAGAGAGAUUUAGUUUGGAAAUUCAUACCAUCACCUUUUUGGUCCAAAUUUGAAUUAUUUAAGUUUGUAAUGAAACAAAUCUCUAAGUCUAGUAAUUACAUGACAUGCAGGGAAACCAUCCAUCAUAUGGAAUUAAGUUAGAUUAACACUGCCAUCACAUUUCUUAUUUAAGGGUUUAAUUGUGUCUUCCUUAAAUUAGCAUCCCCCCAAAAAAUAUUGUGAGUUAAUGGUUAGUGUACCUUUUAAGAAUCCUUAGAUAUAUGCUUAUUUUUGAACCAUAAUAAAUCAAGUCUAAACUUUGGACUUUCAGCUUUUAUAGUUUGACAAAUUAUUCCUACACAAAAUGCAGUACUUUCUAAUGUAACAUUGUCACCUUAGACAAGUUAAGAGGCAGUAAAAUAAAAAAUGUCUAAAGGUUAACAUGAUUUGUUUCAGUCUGUUCUAUAUUUAAUGUUCUAUAAUUAUUGUUCUACAGUUUGGAUAGAUUCCAUCACUGCUGCCUUUAAUGCCAAUUUAUUUAUUAAUAAAGAUUGGGCCUCCUUCGCUCUUUGUAUUAGCUAUUCUUCUGCCUAGGACCCUUUAAUCCUUGAGGGUUCCUUUUUAUUUUAUAUGUGGAUGUGGGCAUUUAUUAUCAGUAGAGAUACAGCACUGUGACUGUGAACAUUUAUUAUCAGUAGAGAUAGAGAACCGUGGCUGUGGGUGUCACAAACUCACCCUACAUCAAGCGUGUGCGUGACGUAGUUGUGAUGGUGAUAAUUAUGGCUAUUACUAUUUAACGCUGCCACCACCAAAACAAUUUACAAAUGGGUUGCCUUGAUCCCUCAGGUAACUUAAUAAGAAAAACCCAUGAAAUGUAACUUAGUACAAUAUCUAUGUAAUUGCAAAAUAAUAAUUAGUCUCUUCAGGUAAUGUGAUUCUUUACCAGACAAAGGCAGAACUUAAUAAAGAAAUAUUUAUUAUGACCAAAAAAUAUUCACAGUGCAUAAAAAAAUAGAUGAUAAACACAUUAUUUACACCAACAACAGAUACAAACAAAAGGGUAAAAUAACAAGUCUUAAUUACUUACUCCUUAGGUUUUCAAAGUAAAGCUUCUUCCCAGGGGGUCGCUGGCAAGGAGAUGGUGACUCAACAUUUUGGCCCCAAGCAAGUACAAUGCACACUUCAGUAUCAUUAGGGAUAUACCCUGUGGAUUACCAAGCCUCACCCAGAGGUGGACAUAAUGCGUACCUAUAAUAACUAUAAGUGACCACCCCUUUGUGUUCCAGACCAACAUCAAUCCAAAUGGAAACAUUUGGUUCUAUUUCCUCUGAUGUACUUGCCACAGAAAUAAUUGCAUCUAUAAAUUGGUUACCAUUUCUCCAUUCCAUAGAUAUGUCAUACUUCUUACCUGUGACCCAAUAUAGCAGACAUCAGAAUGCCUUCCCCUAUGGUUAAGUUAUGCAAAUCAUGUUUGUUUUAACAUAUCAAAGAAAUCAACUCAUCAAUUAAAAGGUAGAGGCCAUAUGGCUGAAGUCAACUCAUUUACAUUGAAUCUAGACUUCCAGGCCACUUAUGUGAGACUUCACACACCACACAGAUCUUUCGAUUAAUCAAAGGAUCAAUGCAUAUGGUAAACCAUCUGCUCCCUUUCACAUUCCUAUGCAAUUCCCACUACCCCUUCUGUCAUCUAAUCUUGCAACCAAGUGCCAAUUCAUAUCGGCACUACAAAAAUGACAUUAAAUGGCAAUAUCCUAUAGUCCAACAAUUCAUUAUGCACCCUUGGUGUGACAGUGGGCAUUUAUUAUCAGUAUAAUUAGAGAACUGUGGCUGUGGACAUUUAUUAUUUUUUAUUUAUUUAUAAAAAUAUUUUACCAGGAAGGAUAUAUUGAGAUUUCUCUAAUUUUCAAGUAUGUCCUGGGUCCACAAAACAUUGCAUUGAUACAAUAGGGUACAAUAAAAUACAAAAACAAUAUUAAUACACAAUAUAUACAAAACUGAAUAUAAAACAGGUAGGAAAUAUAUAAUCAACCAUGACAGGUGCAUUCUGUUUUGAGAUAUGUAGAGAGUGAUCUCUUAAAUGAUUUAAGGCCCAGGGAAGAUUUGAAGGUGUUCGAGAGGUCGUUCCAUCAUUGCAGUGCUCUGUAGGAAAAGGAGGAUCGAGCUGCUUUCUUUUUGUAUUGAGGUAGACUAAAUAAAGUGCUGUUACUGGAUCAGAGGUCAUAGUUGGUGGGAACAGCCGGGGAGAUCAUUCUGCUGAUAUUGGGUGGGAGUUUCCCAGAAAAGCUCUUAAACACAAGGCUGGAAAGAUGAAGGGUGCGUCUGGAUUCCAGUGACACAGCACUAUGAAUCCUUUUUGUCAGAUUAAAUGUUUACUUAAUCAGCUUGUGUCUUUGUUCUCUAAGAGCGCCCUCUUCUGAAGAAAGCUCAGGUAAACACAUUACCAAUAGGGUUAAUUAUAUAUGUCUGAUCAGUAAAAUAAGCUUGUGAUACUAUAAUUCUACUGUGUAUAGGAUAUAAAGUCUUGGUGGUGGCAGAAAAGUGUGUAUUAGGGUGUUAGUGUAGAAGGGAUUGCAUCGAUUAAUUUAGUAGUUGCUGGGACUAGCAACAGGUAACCAGAGUCUGGUGUCCGUAACUCUUUCACUUCCACACGCUCACCACUGUCUAGGUUGGCCCAAUAGCCCAAUUGGGCCCAAUUGUCACGUUCAUGACAAACUUUAGAGAACUGUGGUUGUGGACAUUUAUUAUCAAUAGUGAUACAGAACUGUGGCGGUGGACAUUUAUUAUCACUAGAGAACUGUGGCUAUGGUAAUUUCUUAUCAGUAGAGAUACAGAACUGUGCCUGUGGACAUUUGUUAUCAAAAGAGAUAGAGAACUGGGACUGUGGUCAUUUAUUAUCAGUAGAUAUACAGAACUGUGGCUUUGUUCAUUUAUUAUCAGAGAUACAGAACUGGGGCUAUGGACAUUUAUUAUUGUAGAGAUAAAUAACUGGGGCUAUGGACAUUUAUUAUUGUAGAGAUAAAUAACCUGGGCUAUGGACUUUUAUUAUCAGUAGAGAUAUAGAACUGUGGUUAUGGACAUUUAUUAUCAGUAGAGAUAGAGAACUGUGUCUGUGGACAUUUAUUAUCACUAGGGAUAGAGAACUGUGGCUGUGGACAUUUAUAAUCAAUAGAACUACAGAACUGCGACUGUGGCCAUUUAUUAUCAAACUGUAUCUUUUUUGGAUGUGUGUAAAUUGGAGCAAUUAUAUAAACAUACCUUUAUAUAUACAUUGGUUUAUAAUGUUUGAGCGCCUAUUUGACAGUGAAUUAUUGUAUAUUGUCAAGAGUAUCAUUAAUUGGUUUAUUAGCUUUUUUUCCUUCUCUUGUUAAUAUCCACUCCUGGUAAUUUCAUUAGAUAGUGGUUUUCUUUUUCUUAUUUAUUUGAAGAUUUAUUUAGGCCUAUCUUUCUUGUAUUUUUCUUUUUCCAUAUAUAUAUAACUUUUCCGAUACACUCUAGAAGGUUAUUCACUAAAGGGAGAAUUGUGAGAUUUCAAAGUGGAUUCAAAAUGUAUUUCAUAUUUAAUGGUUAAUUUGCCAAACGGGAAACAUAAGUGUAUUGAUGAAUUUAUUCCAUUUUGACUAUUUUGAGCUCACAUUUGAAAUUCCGUUUGAAUACCUUACAAUUCUCACAUUAGUAAAUAAGCUGGAGAAAACUCUGUUAGUGUCUAGAUUUGAAACAGUUGUUUUGUUUCCUGUCCAGAUCAUUUUCUUUAUAUAUUUGUAUUGGAAGAUCUGAUGGGUUAGAGAAUUACUUUUUGAAAAAGUUUGUUGGAGAAGAAGUAAAAAAUCAGAGGAAUCCCAGGGGCCUUGGGGUAACCAUCAAAGUUAAUAUUCGAGCCAUCAUCUUAGUUUGCGUCACAUUGUUUAAAGGCAUUAAAUUAUAUCUAUGUUAACAUAUUAAUAUGCUGUUGUUGUGGGUGAUAUUUUAUUUGGCUGAUUUUUCUUCCCUUCCCCCAUUACUGAAGGUGUGAUACUCACUAAUGGUGAGCGAUGGAAGUUGCUGCGCCGUUUCUCCCUAAGCACGCUGAGGAAUUUUGGGAUGGGGAAAAAGAGCAUUGACGAGCGAAUACAGGAAGAGGCUAAUUAUUUCGCAGAGGAAUUACGGAAAAAUGGAGGUUUGUGUUUUCAUAUUGAGGUAAUGUUAAUCUAGUAACAGCCAACAACAUGGAGCUUGGGGGCAAAAAUACAGAUUUAUUUUUAGUUUUGAGAUCUUUCACAGGUGAUCACACAGUGCAGCAGCUGUUCUGCAGAUAGUGUGUGUUUUGAAGGACAAGUGUCUAGUCAACUCCCUGGUGAGAGGUGGGUGCAAUUAAUACUGGGGUUAUAGAAAGUUCCUGUAGUAUGUAACUCAAAAAGCAGUGAGUUAGAACAUUGCUAUAUUCAUUAAUAUUGAAUAGUUGAAUGAGGUCAGUAUCUUCAAGGAUAAUUACAGUGAAAUAUGAAAAUAUUCAGCCUCUCCUGUGUCCACUAUGUAGAAAUAGCCAGUAUUGUUUUAUCCAAGAGGAUGACGCUUGAUGAGACUAAAACUCCUGGAACUAUAGCUAAGUCCAUUGAAAUUAAUUCUAAUAUGUAAAACUUGAUGUCUCUUAUGUCUCAGAUACACCAGUUGAUCCAACCCCAGUGCUUUCCCAGGUUGUUUCCAACGUCAUCUGCUCUGUUGUAUUUGGCAAACGCUUUGAGUAUGAAGAUGAGAGAUUUAAGACUUUACUGUCUUUGCUAAAGGAAGCAUUCACACUUAUGUCAUCUCCUUGGGGUCUUGUAAGUGGACACAUAAUGAAACUCUUCUAAAAUAAUAGCAGAAUCAAAUGCCAAAAGUGCCAUCUUUUGAUAGAAUUUUAUAUGUUUAUAUAUUUUUGUUGUUUUAUAAAAUUACAUGUUUCAGGCUAUAAUACCUUGGGCAAAAUUACAUGUCUCGGGACAAAAUUAAAAGCUGUAUAGUAUAUUUCAUAAUAUAAGAUAAUAUAUAAAUAAUAUAGGAAAAGACUUAACGAUCACAAAGACUGUGCAAAGACUCUGUCUACAGAUAAAAGGGAUAACCCAAACAUUACCAAACAGUAUAAAUAUCAGAAUCCAGAAUACAGCUGUAAAUAUUUUCAUCUAUCAUCAAAAUAAAGCAUAUUAUCCUUACCAAUCCAUAUUUUUGGAUACAUUUAAAAAAAAUAAAAAUAAAAAUAUAUAUUUAUAAUGUGUGUGUAUGUGUAUGUGUGUGUGUAUAUAAAUACAAUGUAUACAAAUUUAUCAAAAUAUUAAAAAACAUCAAAAUGUUAACAUAUUUGUCAGACUAUUAAUCAUCUGAAAGCUUGUCCAAAAUGAUCAAAUUGAGGCCUAAGCUGGCAGAAAUAUGAAAAGUUCAGAACAGGCUAUUGGAAGUUAAAUUGUAGAUUAGUAUGGCUUUUUGUGAAGAAAUAAUCUUAAUUUUAGUAAUGAAAGAAGGCAAAUAUUUAGCUGUAUUUCUUUACUCCACCUCAAAAUAACAGCAAACCAUAAUACAGAAUAUCAACCAAUCAUGAAUCAGAAAAAUAUAUAACAUCCAGAACACAAUAUUGGACUUACUUAAAAAUAAAUAAAUAAUAGCUGUUAGAUCAUGUCCACUUUAAUACUUAUUAGAGGUGUAACAAGGGAUGAUUUGUUAUAAAAGGGUGGAGUGGAGGGAUUUAUAGUGGUAGGUGGCCAGGGUUCAUCGUUGGCAGAAUAUAUAGUUACUAGAUGUACCUUUUUACCAUGUCUUUGUAAAUUGGUCAUCAUUUGGGGAAUGUUGAAGUGAUGUGCCUUAGCAAAAAGAAAGAGAACAUUAUUGUGAUAAAGAUUAAAAAACUGAGUAUUGUAACACUAAAAGUUAAAUGAAAGUAGACUUUGUUAAAUCCAUUUCAUUUUAUUUCAGAUAUUUAAUGUUAGCAUUUUUUUUUAAAGAAUACAUGCAAAGAAAAACCGCACAAAUAUUUUCUGGAGAAAAAAGGCAAAUACAAACUCCAGCAAUGUUUAAAUGUGCCUUGCAAAAAGUAGAUUUCUAAAGUUUGUUUUUGUUUUUAUAGCUCCUCAACAUUUUUCCAAGCCUGUUUUCUCGACUCCCGGGACCCCACCAGAAGAUAUUCACUAAUAUUGACAAGUUAAAGGUUUUUGUAGCGGAGCGCUUGUCAGAUCAUCAGGAGACACUUGAUAUCAACUGUCCGCGGGAUUUCAUUGAUUGCUUCCUGAUAAAAAUGAAUGAGGUAAUACAGAGACCUGUAGAGCAAGAGAGAGUGAGAGAGAGAAAGAGAGAGUAGAGAGAGAUAUGGGAAUAAAGUGACACACAGGCAGAUUCAUUCUAAAGAUUAAAACUUUAUUAAACAUUUCAUGUGGUUGAGAAAAGAAGCAUAAUGCCUUCUUCAAGUUUACAAUUUUACUGAUAUUUUUUUCACUUAUUUAAAUUUGCAGGAGAAAGAUAACCCCAAUACUGAAUUUCACUUUGAAAACUUAUUUGGGACUGUUACGGAUCUCUUCUUUGCUGGGACGGAAACAACGAGUACAACUCUGAAAUAUGGCUUCAAUAUUCUACUGAAAUAUCCAGAAGUGGAAAGUAAUUAUCAAACUUUAUUUUUCUGAAAUGUAGAAAAUGUAAACUUUUUCAGUAAUAUCAAAUUACUAUGCAUUGUGCCUAUCCCAGUGAAUGUCUCUUAAUGUCCUCCAAGCACCUUCUGAUAUGGACUACCUAUCCCAAUCAAUAUAUUUCAAUAUACUCCAAUCACAUUAUUGCACAUUGUGCCUAUAAUAUUAAAUAUCUUUUAAUAUCCUUCAAUCACCUCUUGAUAUAUAUAGUACCUAUCUCAAUAUCCUCCAAUCACAUUAUUACACAUCAUGCCUAUCCCAAUAAAUAUCUCCUCCAAUCCUCCAACCACCUUAUUACACACCAUGCCUCUCCUAGUAAAUAUAUCUUAAUAUUGUUCAGGCACCUUAUUACAUAUUGUACCUUCCCCAGUAAAUAUCUCCUAAUAACCUCCAAUCACAUUGUGUCAAACACUUGUCAAGAGAGCACAAAAUGUAAGAAUUUGCUCAAUGGAAGGCCACCGCUUAGCAGAUCCCAAAACCGUUGGACUUGUGCCAUUAUCGAGAGAACUAACCACAAUCAGUAUGACAUACUGGUAGCACCCACAGGUGCUUAAACUACAGACAUCAAUGCAUGCCUCUUACAGGUUCAUACAUUCUAGUUUUAACCCCAUGAGUCAGUGCGAUCCCAUCACGUUCUUUGUGACAAGAAUAUAAUGUUUUCUCUCCGCUCUCUUGAUUUUCUGUACAGGAAAGAUUCAGGAAGAGUUGGAUCAAGUCAUCGGACAGAAUCGCUGUCCUUCACUCGAGGACCGUUUGAAUCUACCAUACACCGAUGCAGUAAUGCAUGAAAUCCAAAGGUUUGCUGAUAUAACACCACUUGCACUUCCUCACUUAACCACGGAGGACACUAUACUUAGAGGACACAAUAUUCCAAAGGUAAAGGCCAAGCAGAGUCAACCAACCAAUUAUACACUUAAAUAUGUGAAUGCAAGGGACCUGAAUAAUAUAACAUAUUUGACCUGAAUAAUUAAAAAUUCUUUAUUCACAUUUUCAACUGUCAUCCAAGGUACGUAGUGGUAUGUUUCCAAGCAAAUUCUUUAAGUAACAGUUUUUCUUAAUUUAGAAAUCCAACAAUAUCAAUAGAAAGUACACAUCUAUAAAUAUUAUAUACAAUGUCUACACGUUUUGCAAAGGUGAUUUUUCAUACAUAUGAAUAAUCACCUCUGUAAACUGUGCAGACAUUGUACCAAAUAAAUAAUAAAUGUAUAUAAAAAAUAUCAGGUUUUAGAUCACAAUAUCGACUUUAUGGCUGUAAAUAAGCAUUUGUUAAACACUUUAUUAAUUUAAUCCAAACAUAUUCAGCAGCAAUUUACUUUAUAACAAUGAAAAAGCCAGUAGGAAAUAGAUAAACAAAGUAAAGCUGAGAGAAUGAUUUGGUAAAAAACCCCACACUCAGACUUUAUUCCCAGAUUAUAAACAUAUAUACAUAUAAAGGCUUUUUGGACAAGACUAAAAGGGACACUCCAGGCACCAACACAACUUAAUCUAAAUAAAUGUGUUACUCUUACCUCAAGGGGUUAAACCAUUCUUGAUCAGAGCCGAUCUCAGCUCUCCCUGACAUCAUCAUCCGGCAUCUGGAUUUUCUGAUUCAGGAAGCAAGGAGUGCUGCCGGGCAGGGGUGCCCCAAAGAGUGGUCAGCUGAUGCUCUCAGCCAAUCAGUGACUCCCCCAAUGUGAGGGGAGUGGACAUCGCUGAUGGGGCAACUUUGGGGUUAAACCAUUCGAGAACAAUUCAUUGAAGUUGUUUUGGUGCCUGGAGUGUCCCUCAAAAAAUCUAGAAUACAGCGAUCAUAGAGAACAAGGGGUUCACUGGAACUAUUGUAAGAACACUGAGGAUUGUGGCAAUUAAAAAUAUAUUGUGAAUUUUAGGUUUAAAAUAUAAAAAACUGAAAAUUUGACAACUUUUUUCUCCAUCUCCAACUAUUUUCUCUCUGAAAUUUUUAAUAACCUGGUCAAUUCUCCAUAAUUCCUGAUAUAAGUGUAACAACUUCCCUUCAAACUUGUUAUGAACAUGGAUCUCAUUUCUUUGGUCUGAAUAUUGCAAUAGUGUCAAAUCGUUAGCUGUUGGAGAAAUAACUGGUCAAUUCUGUUCGACUUUUUAAUUCACUUUUCAUUUAGUGCUGUCUUUUUGUAUUAUUGUAAGUUUUAAUAGUUAUGUGUACAGAUUGUGAUCAUUUAAAAAGCCUAUGCAAGAUAAUUAAAUUAUAAGUUCAUAAUAUGUUAAGUUCACUUUUGUGACGGACCGCCUGGCACCCGGACUGAGUACCUCCGUCAAUCUCUGCUUCCUAGUACUUGCGAGUACCAUCAGCACUGCACUGGAACAUCAUAACCACCGCAAACCCCACCAACCGCCGCAGCUUGGUUGGGGUCUCGCCAUCCUCCACCAACCUUGGACCCAAGACCAGGAUCCAGCUCCCAGUGGGCAUAUCUCUCUUAGUCCAGAAAGCUUAGCAGGAACAGCUCUUAUAAGAGCUUAGUGAUUAUACUCAGGGAAGUAUAGUGAUUAUAGCAAUUCCCCAGAGGGUAGUUCUCCAAUCCCCCAAACAUGAGCCAAGACUUCAUGAAGUUGCAAUCUGAUCUUUAAGGGUUCAGGUUCGUUUUUUUUACAAUUGUCCAGGCCAGAGGAACACCCCCUGGACCAGAUGGGGCACAGGAACACAAAGGACACAAACCAAUCAGAACAAACAUACAGUCUGUGACACGCCCAUGUACAGCACACAAUCUCUCCCCCCCGCUUGGGAGAUAAUUGAGUAAAGUUCUGUAAGUAACUCAAUUAUCUCCAGGCAGAAAAAACACAUUUUCACAAAGUUCAGAAAGUACCCCCAAACAUAACAUACCCCAAACAAUGUUACAUCCCCUGAUAGCCCUGAUCUGGGUGAACAACAUAUCCAAAAAUCACCCAGAUUAGAGCAGGGGUUCAAAAGUUUAAUGGAAGUCUCUUUUUGACCGGCUGCAAGCAUGGCUUCAUGCCCAAAACAGUUUCAGGGAAUUAGGGCCAGCGGUCGGUCUCUCUGUGGAGUACAAAAGUGCUUACAUUACAUAGUCACAGGGUAGGAGGCAAGCAAACAGGCCCCUCCAAAAACCCGUGGCAAACUCACAGAAAAAAAGGGAGUUUGUCACAACUUUAAAUUUACUUGAAUUCCCAACAACUCCCAAUUUAAUAAAUAAUUAGUCUGAUAAUGAUGUUAAUGAAUCCCUGUUUCACUAAUGACAAACCAUACUACCAACUUAAAAUAAUGUAAAAUAAAUAUGUUUUGCUAUGUUUUAGGGUAGCCUGGUGUUCCCUUUGCUGUCCUCUGUGCAUAAGGAUUCAAAAUAUUUUAAGAACCCAAAAGAGUUUGACCCAGGACACUUUCUGGAUGAAAAUGGACGUUUCAAGAAAAAUGAAGCAUUUCUGCCCUUCUCUAUCGGUAAUAAGCUUAUAUUAAGUAUAAAGAGAUACCUGAGAGAUUGCAAUUAAGUGUUAACCAAUCUAAACACAAAACCAUGAAAUAUCAUGGUUCUUUUCUAUUAAAUGAAUUAUCCCGGAUGUUAUGGUUGCACUAUAUUUAAAUGUAUGUUUUAUAUCUCAAUGUUCAGUUUUACAAAGGAUCACAUUUAUAUAUGUGUCAUUUUAAGUCCAUCACUUCCAAAAAGAAUUUGCAUAGGUUUGUUUAAUGUUAAUUUGACUGCACCCUAUUGGCUGACAAUUGUGUGAUACAUCUAUGAUGACGGCCCACUGGUAAAUUUCCCAAUAUCCCGGUAGGCCAGUCCAGCUCUAUUGAGAAGAUAUUAUUUUAGGAGAUAGGGUUUGGGGGUUUACCUAAUCUCAGCCUUAGUUCACCUGUAGUUCUGGUUCUGGUUGAGUAGUGCAGUACCGAACCCAAUAGUUAAUAAUGUCUAUGUUUAUUGUUGCAGGGAAGAGAAGUUGUCUUGGUGAGAGCUUGGCCCGUACCGAGAUCUUUCUGAUUUUGACUACGGUAUUACAGAAGUUUCAUGUGAAAUCAGACUUGGCACCCAGAGACAUCGAAAUCACCCCCCAACCUCAAAGCAAUGGGGCAACUCCCAGGACAUAUAAACUCUACCUUACUCCGCGAUAAACUGCACCGGAGCAGUACUAGGAAUUAUAAAAUUUUAAAAUGCUGUGAAUAAAUAAAUAAACGUUGUUUCUUUGAUUUCUAGUAGAUUUAGAAUUCUUACUUAACUUGCAAAGAAAGGACACAUUUUAUUAUAUAAACCCAUGUUUCCAUAAAAUCUAUUCUUCAAACCUUGCAGAAGAGCAGGAUAUGCAAAGUGGUCUCUUUUCAGUUUUUAUUAAAGCAUUUUGCCAUUGGGCACAGUCAGUGGCGGAUUCAAGGGUGGGCAGG